CGAAGAGCGGAUCAGACACGCACGACGUGUGGAGAGUGUCACGCCCGAAGGCUCGAAUGUUACCCUUACGGGCCGACUUGUGUACAUUGCCUGUUAUGGGGGCUGGAUUGUGUGAUGCCCUCUGAGGAGGAACGGACUUUGAGCCCCGAGUCCGAGGUCAUUUUGAAGAUUGAGGAUGGGCUCUCAGAAAACGAGGCUCAAGGUGCAUCGGCUGGAAGCUCGACGGGGCCAAACAGCAUCUAUGUUACGGGCAACCACGCCAUGAGUGCGCAAAGACAUGCCCUUCGACAUCGAUACCUGGCCGGUGGACGACACAACUGCCGCUCUCUACAGAUCGACUCGGCCAAAGUCCUCAGCUGGCCAGUCUUCGCCGGCCAGCUCGACCCGCAAGCCAAAGCCAUGGCGGUCCUCCCGCAGAAGCCUCUCGAGCAACACCGGCCUCCCGGGCGACACCAGCCAUCUUCUUGUUUGAUACUGCUUGUAUGGGCCCUGGGUGCUAUCACGACCAAAUUUCCUCAUUCUCGAGGGGCUCGCGGAAUCAGGGGUCUGGACUUGGGGGCAGCACUCUUCGGUAUGGCUUACGAGCGGCUUGGAGCCGUCUUUGCUGAAGGCGGCAUUCUACCUGCGCAGUGCUUCUUUUACGCCGGUGUAUACCUCUUGUCCAUUUUGCAGCCUGUCCCGGCGUGGAGACAUUUCUUACAGGCCCUGGCCUACUGUCAGGAAUUUGACGUCGUCGUACAGGCAGCAACGAGGACGCAAGCGCCAACGACGACCCCCGAAGCAUCGCCUGCGGAGGUGAACUUGUACUGGUCUUGUUGGAAAGCCGAGGUGGACCUGCGCUUGUCUCUUGGGCUUUAUGACUUUCAGACGCAGGGGCGUGUUUAUAUUGAGUCUCUUCCUGAGAUACCGGUGAACCCAUUAAUGAACAUCAAAGUCCGGCUCUUCUUUUUGGCCGAAAUAUCUCUCCUGAGGCUGGCUACCAGUGCACGCAACGAUAUUGAGCGGAUUCUGUGGUUGUCGUCACGGGGAAAUGAUGAGGAUCACGAAAGACUUUUGAUAGAGACGGUUGAGACUUACAAGGCAAAGGCUCAAAUUUGGCUUGUCUCCUUGCCCCAGGCAGUUUCCUUUUCUACGGAGGACUCUGAAUUCAACAUCUUCACGUUCACUCUCUGCUGGCGUCUCGUGGAUUUUGGGGAGCUCAUUUUCUGGCCUUUUCUCGAAGAUGCAAUCAACAGCGGCGAGGAGAGUCUUCCACAACACGUCUAUCAUUACGCUGGUCAUGGGAUUAGCACAUGCGUGAAUCACAUCCGGAUGGCACUCAUAGCUCAGAAGUAUCGUCAUGAGGGGACGUGGAUGCUAUUGCAGUCUUGUGCUCGAAGCGUAAUCGUCUUGAUGGCGGCUUCCCUUUCGCACCACGCCCAGAGUCUCUUGCCGGAGAAUUGGAUAAGCCUUGUCGACUCUGGCAUACAUGUGCUGAGGCAUUGGAUCGGACAUAAUGCUGUGAUUCUGAAUCAGAUA